AUGUGCGCCAAGUAUGGCGAUUCUACUGCAGCCCAAUUCGCUGGCGCAACCACCGACUCUGGCAAAUACCUCUAUGGCUCAAACCAGUGGGGUUGGGAUGACAGCGGUGCCCAGUGUAUGACCGUCGACCUGGACGACUCGGACGAUGCUGCUGCAUUCAACGUAACGUGGUCCUGGACUGAGCGCGAUGUCUGGGUUCACUCGUACCCCAAUGUUGGCCUCGAGUCUGUCCAGCUGCCUAGCAGACUGGACAACGUCAAGAACUUCAACGUCAGCGCCGCCUGGGACAUGUUCCCCACCGCCGACCCCAACGCUGCCAACAAGACCGAAGCCCUCAUGGCCAUUGGCACCAAGGCCGAUAUUGCCCUCGACAUGUUCAUUGACAGCAACAAUGUCACCUCGAUGAACGCCUCUGCCGCCGCUUUUGAAGUCAUGGUGUGGUCGGCUGUUUGGGGAGGUGUCGCUCCUAUCGGAUACCAGACCUACAACAGCGACGACGCACCCAAGUACACUCUCAGCGGAGUCGAAUAUUCGCUGUACUCUGGUUUCAACCAGCAGGGCCAGAAGCAAGCCGUCUUCUCCUGGGUCCCCUCUGAGAACCAGAAUGGCAUCAAUGCCGACCUGUGGGAGCUUGUCAACUACCUUGUCAACGCUGGCAACCUCACUUCUGACAUGUACAUUGGUCUUAUCCAGUUUGGUACCGAGACCGUCCACGCUACCCAGAAUGUCACUUUCGAGAUGCAAAAGGCUCAAAUGGAUCUUUCCGUUUACAAGCAAAAGCCCACCACCACCAAGGGAUCACCUCCCGCUACUGCCGGCGCAUCCAAGGGCGCUGCAUUCCAAGUCGCACCGACUGGAUACGCUCUCCCCGCAGCUGCAAUGGGUCUUGCUGCCGCUGUCCUCCUCUAA